AUGUUUUCAGACAGUUCUUUUUUUUUGUACAAAAAUCAUAAACAUAUUUUCAUAUUGGAUUUAUUUCACCAAAAGAACUAAAUAUGCUUCUAUCUUUUAGAAAUGAUCACAAAGAGCAUUUAAAUCUGUUAACUAAACACUCAGUAGAUGAUAUAGUAUAUUUUUGCAAAUUAGCAAUUGGCUUCAUCAACAAUGGACCAAAUAAUAUGAUGUACAAUAGAACUGCAACAAAUCUUAAUAUUGAAUUUCAUACUGUCCAAAAUUGUAUAUAUGGUCUUAUUAAUCUGUUAAUACUUGCCUGUAGACACAAGUUAAAUGAAGCUGACUUUCGGGACUCAAUUCUAACAAUUGGAUUUUCAUGUGAUCAACAGAAUGUUCUAUACGAGUUCUAUAGGUCAAAGAGUGAAGAAAUAUCAGAAAUAUUGAAAAAGCAACUCAUUAAGGAUCCAUAUACUUAUUACAAUUUAGAUUGGAGGUUUGAAAUACAGGUAUCAUCUAGAUCUUUGUUAGAUCAAGUAAUUCCUUUGAUAACAAUGGAUUUAGUUUUGAAAGACAAAGAGAAAGCAGAUGAGCUAAAGCAUGUCUUUCUGGAAGCAGACCCAAGGAAUGUAAUGCAUAUAACAGAAGAAUUAGAGAAGGCAUUGGCGGAAUCGAAGUAUCGUCAUUUAAGUCGAGUACCAAGGACAUUUAUCGAAUAAUUUUUUUUUUAUUAUUAAG